AUGGCGGUGGUGGGCUGCAGGACAGUGGAGCUCCUCACCUUCUGCAUGCUCCCGCUCGUCAUCUUAACCAUUAUCUCCGUUGCAGAAUCUGCAGACGGUGGUUCAAUCGGCAUAAACUACGGCCGUAUAGCCAACAACCUCCCCACACCAUCCCAGGCGGUUCAGCUCCUGAAAUUACGUGGCAUGGCCCGGGUCAAGAUCUAUGACACCGACCCAACCGUCCUCCGUGCCCUUUCUGGCUCCAGAAUCAAAGUCACCAUCGACCUCCCUAACGAGCUCCUCUCAACCGCUGCCCGCAGCCCCUCCUUUGCCCUCUCGUGGGUUCAGACCAACAUCAUUGCUUACAGCCCGUCUACAGAAAUCGAGGCUGUUGCCGUAGGCAACGAGGUCUUCGCCGACCCCCAAAACACCACCCCAUUCCUCCUCCCGGCAAUGUACAACAUCCAGAAUGCCCUCAUAAAGUACAACCUCCAAGCCCAGAUCAAGGUCUCAUCCCCCAUCGCCCUCAGCUCACUCCAGAGCUCCUACCCUCCCUCCGCUGGCUCCUUCCGGGCGGAGCUGGUCAACACUGUCUUCAAGCCCAUGCUCGAUUUCCUCCGGAAAACCGGGUCGCCCCUCAUGGUCAAUGUGUACCCGUUCUUUGCAUACGAGUCGAACACUGAUGUAAUUUCGCUCGAUUACGCGCUUUUCCGGCCGAACCCUGGCAAGGUCGACAGCCUUAGUGGGUUGAGGUACUUUUCCCUGUUCGACGCGCAGGUGGACGCGGUUUUUUCUGCCAUGUCAGCUCUCGGGUACGACGAUGUCCCGAUCACGGUCAGCGAGACCGGAUGGCCGUCGAAGGGGGACCAGAACGAGGUGGGGGCCACAGCUUCGAACGCAGCCGAAUACAAUCAGAACCUCGUCCGUCAUGUCCUGACUGGUCCGGCGGGGACUCCUCUCCGGCCGAAAGCAAAACUUACAGUGUUCCUUUUUGCUCUGUUUAACGAGAACCAGAAGCCUGGGCCCACAUCUGAGAGGAACUUCGGGCUGUUCUACCCGAACGGGAGGAAGGUAUAUGAUAUCCGGCUUACUCUCAGGGAGCUCAAUGGUUAUCAGGAUGGGUCGAACUCGAAUCCGAAUCCGCCUUCGGGUGGCGGCAGAACUGGCGGAGGCCGGCCAAGGGUGGCGGCGGGGAGCGGGCAGACAUGGUGCGUGGCGAGGAGUGAUGUGGGCUCGGAGAAGUUGCAGGCGGCCUUGGACUUUGCGUGUGGCGAGGGAGGAGCGGAUUGCCGAACGAUCCAACCGGGAUCCACGUGCUUCGAUCCCAACACGCUCGAGGCACACGCAUCGUACGCGUUCAAUAGCUAUUAUCAGAAGUUUCGGCGUGCCGAGGGAACGUGCGUCUUUGGUGGGGCUGCCUAUAUCGUCUCUGAGCAGCCGAAGUAUGGCAGUUGCGAGCUCUCGUUUGGAAAUUGA